AUGUCAUGGACUACCAAGGCCCUGCGGAAAUACCUCAUGUCUCGUGAAAGCCGGUGGAUCUGGCGGGAAACUCUCAAAACUAUUGAGGGGCUGCCUCCGUGCCCUGAGGACUUGAUAGAGCCGGCCUAUAUACGCCUCCUCUUCGACACCCGAUGCUAUUUCUGCCUCUCCCGAGCUCAGAAGGUAUACUGGAACUGUCGGACGAGGUGCUGCAGUACUUGCUUCGGGUACAGAUUCGUCAUGUUCCUCGACACACUCGACGUGCCGAAAGCGUUUUAUCCUGAUUUUCUCAACGCGGUGCCAUGCGAUCUGGUCACCCGCAAUGGUCGGACUGAGUUGUUCUUCGGCAGGGCCGAAGGCGAGGAGCUUCUCAAACAGUUUAUGCAGGUCUACGGAGACAAGGAGGAGCUAGCCAAAUUCGUGUUGGCCAAGCAAGAACGUAAACGGUCAAUAGCAUACCACGCCCAAGCUUGUGUUAUAUGGGAAGCGGAGACGCGCCGCAGACGCUCGGAUGAGCUGCACGAUAUCAGGCAAGAGCGCGAAAGAGCAAUUCGGGAAAGACUAGGCGCGCUUGGAUGGACCGCGGAGCUGCGCAAACUGGACGAAUGGAAACCAGGAACUUUCUCCGCCCACCAACAUGUCAGGGAGACUAAGGUGCUUACGGACAAAGGUUGGGCCGCGAUUCAAGCAGAAUUGGAGAGGUUCCUCGAUGAUAUGAGGGCCCAGCGCGAAACAGAGGAGCGUAGAAGAUUGAUUAGGCACCGCCAGGCGAUCCUGGCCAAAGUAGUGCAAGCGUAUGCUUCCAGUCUCCGCCUGGAUCAGCUCUUGCCAAGUGUAGCAGAUUUCUGCGACAUGGAGGAGUUCCAGGCUUUGAUGGAAUCUCCCGAAGACUACCACGUCCACAGCGCGAUGAUUCAGCUCAUCCCCCGGCUUCGUGAAUUAGCCUUCUUCUGGCGGGGAAGGGCAGAGAACUUCCUGCUCAGCCUGGUACCUUGGAGCCCGUAUGGACUGCCGGGAUACGACAUUCGAAGACUGGAUCUGGCGACUACUUGGUUCAACGAAGAAACCACUACUCACGAAUCCGCGCUUGUUCCAACCGAUGCUGACGACUCUAUCGUGCUUUCGGACUUGGUGCGGACAGGCGAAACUUCGAGGUUACGCAGACGGGGCGCUAUGCGCUUAGAUUACACUCACAGGGUAUCCAAUCGUCGCGACUCGUAUGCAUCCUCAUUACCACCUUGGGAUUCGAGAGAGAAUGGAGAUAGUGACGAGGAAACUCUCAGAAGGGAGUGGGACACCGUAUCCGAACCGGUGCAGGACGAGGAGCCCAAGUUCUAUACACUUUAUUGCGGAAGGGAAGAGGAAUCGGACUCAGAGGACGACAUGUUCCCUCAGUCGUCGUCGUAUAGACCUUCUCCGCUCCCCUUGUAUCCUGAUACGAACGAAGCGCCACGGCCACGUCGUCGGGAGUCUCGGAAACGGUCAAACGGUUGCGGUGCCCUCCUGCAUGCGAAUGCGACGCCCCGCCGACGAUGCGGUGUCUGGACAGCCAAAUCAGAUGCCUCAGAUGUCGUUGUUUCCCUAGACGAGUCAUAUUUCGACAAAGGCACCCGAUCGCUAAUGAUCCUCCGAAGCGGAUGUGGCUGUCUAAAGGAGGGCAUCGGCUGUGCCGUGUGUGGGAAUAUCCUGGGUACCCGGUACCGGACAUGUCAGUCCGCGGCCGAGGCAUUCUCACCCAUCACUGCGGAGCCUUCGCAGAGUCUGCGCCCAGAAGGACCAGACUACCUCAGUCCACGGCAGCCGUCGUCGUCCGCCUCUCCCGGAUACGUAUAUACCUUCUUCGCCGACCACGUCUCCUCGUCUCCCGCAUACGAAUUCCCGCCUCGAACAGUCGUCACCCCUCCACCGUUGUCCGCCUCUCCAGACCGAUUCUACGUACCUGGGGUAGAAGAGCCCGUGAUGUACCCGCUGCCUCCGCAAGGGUACAUCACCCCGCCCGACCAGACGUCGCCCAUUCCCUGGCCCUUGGCCAGGCCGCACUAUAUCCCUGGACGCGGCCCGCGAUCGGUGACACCAGUCUUCCGCAUACCCGACUCGCCGACGUCCACCGCGAGCGCAAGCCUCGAGGACCGCGUGGGGUCGAUGCCCGAGGCUAUGGUGUCUAGGUUUCGGUUGACGGCCGAUGAGAGUGAAGAGGGUGCCCCGGACAGAGAUCCAGGGGAUACCUACGAUUCCGACGGGGAACUCAUUGGAGGUGAGCCCAGUUCUCCGGAUAAGAGUGCCACCGACUUGCCACUAUGGGGAGGUCGGUAAUCCUGGUCCUUGUCGAAUUUCUGUCUUGGGUUCCUUGGUGAUUCGGUGGCAAUGAUCUAUGCGUGCAAUAUAUCUGUAUAUUUACUAUGAUACGGCUCACGGACCUUGGAAUCUUGUCGUUGUUUGUCGCUU